AUGGAUCAAUUUGCUGAUACGCUUGCAGUCCGUGUCUUUCUAAAAAUGGCGAAUCUUCCAUACAAAUUGGAACAAAGGCAAAAUGCUUAUUUUAUGUCACCAACAGGCGAAGUCCCAUUUUUAAGAGUAAAAAAUUCUUUAACUGCUGAAUUUUCUCCAAUUGUUGAUUUUGUUGGCAAAAAGAAAUAUAUUUCUUGGUUGGAUGAGGAGUGCUAUGAUAAAGUUACUAGUGGAAGAUAUUCGAGUGUUUACAAUUGGCCAUUAAAUUUAUUUUUACCUUUACUUAAACAACGUGAAGUUUAUAAUGAUUUGAGUCAAAAUGGUUGGGCUGAUUAUUCAACAAAAACUGUUAUCGAGCUUUGUGAUAGAUGUUUCCAUGCUCUGUCAAUGAAAUUAGGAUCACAACAAAAAUAUUUUAUUGGUGGACAACCCACAGAAUUGGAUGCACUUGCAUUUGGUCAUCUUUACACUAUUUUGACAAUGCAAAUGCCAAAAGAUGACUUAAUUAAUACGUUGAGAAAAUAUCCAAAUUUAAUUAAUUUUUGUAAAGGAAUUGAAAGUGAAUAUUUUUCUUGAAAAAUAAUUUUGUCUGUUUUAUUGAGUAAAUCUCUUAUAAAUUAUUCAAAAGUUUGUUUUUUUAUUUUUAAAAGCUCAUAAUGCUUUUUUAAUUCCUUUUAAUUUUUAAGAUUUAAAUUUUUUAUUUUUACCUAAACAACGUGAAUUUUAUGGAAUAUUUAUGUGAAUUUAUAAUGUAAAAAAUUGGUGGUGCUGAUUUUUUUGUGUUGGUUAUUGGAUGCAGAAAUUGUUUGAUGUCGAAUUCUAUGUUGCAAUAAAUGAAGUGGGUAUUUUUUAUAAAUUUCUUAUGGGUUUGGGAUUCUAAAAAAUUUUUCGAAGGGUUAUUAUUUUUUAAUAUUUUUUCCACGGGUUUAAGAAUAAUUUUUUUGAAAUCAACCAGUACUCUUUUAAAUUAAUUUUUUUGUAAAUUGAUUUUUAAGUUUUUCUAUUAUUUCUAUUUUACCUCCAAACCUCUUAAAAUAAGUACCUAUAUCCUUUACGAGCUAUGUAUAUCUCUUUUAUUCUAAUAAUUAUUCAUUACCUUCUUUUUUGUUGUUUGUUCAUAUAUCCUUUCUUUUUCUUAUUUUUCGUCCUUAAAUACAAAAACCUUCAUAAAAACCCCUUAUUUCUUCAACUACUAA